GUCACUAACCUCCAUUAUUUUUUCAGGCACCAAACUCCAAAGCAUCCACCUUUCCCUUCCCUUUCCUUUCUCCUCAGUAUUUCGACUCUAUUGCCUCGAUUUCUCCUCUUGGAGGGGCUGAAACGACUCGAUCGAUCGUCAGAUCGUUCUGUCUUUGUAGUAAAUCAAAAAGUUCUUAUUUUAUUUCUUCUGAUUCCUUCUACUAAAAAAUUAUAUAUAUAGUUUUUGCUUCUCCCCGAUGGAUUAGAUGUCUUGAUUCGAAGAAGCUAGCAUUGCUUUCCCAAAUUCUCUGAAUUGAGUAAUUAACUUUUUUUCCUUGACUUUUGCCUUUUUUAUUUCCUCUUUUAGCUUCGUUGCAAGUUUUAGCUAGGUGCUGUUCUUAUUUUUGCGAGUUUUUUUUUAAUUAUUUUCUAUGGUAUAAUACGGUUUUUUGAUUGGGCUUAAAGCUUCUCUUUAACUCUCAAAUGGCACCAGAAAGCUGCAACCUUGGUAAAGACGAGCCUGAGAUACUUAAGCCCUCUUCUCCUUCUUCUUCUUCAUCAUCAUCUUCUUCUUCCUCCUCUUCUCCUCCUUCAUCAAACCCUUCUCCCUCAUCAACAUCUUCCCAAUUACUACCACAGCAACCACCUUCCUUUUUAUUAAUGGAACCUCCUCAUCAUGCUCAAAGCUCUGAUGAGACGCCUGAAACUUCGAUAACAAAUGUCAUCGAAGCUUCUUCCCAGCCAAAGAAAGAGGAAGAACCUCAUCCUCCAGUUCAAUUUGGCAACCGGUGCUCAACUUGCCAGAAAAGGAUUGGUCUCACUGGGUUCCGGUGCCGGUGCGGCGAUCUAUUUUGCGCUCGACACCGAUAUUCUGAUACCCAUAGUUGCUCUUUUGAUUACAAGGCUGCAGGAAGAGAGGAGAUAUCUAAGGCUAACCCGGUGAUCAGAGCAGCUAAGAUCAUUAAGAUUUAAGGUAUAACUCUUUGGCUUUGAUUGAGCAUGGUAUUCUCUACUUUAUGUUACCUGGUGUAUGUCAAAAGCUAGUUGUAAUUUCCUGCAUGCAUGGUUAUUGUUAAACUGAAGUUCCUGUGAUUUGAAUGUAAAUUUUGGUCUUAAAGUUA